AUGGCGGAGAAGUCACUGAGAGACAUCGAGGUUUCCUUCAUCAAUGAACACUUUGAUGGCGUAAGUUUUGAAAACGAUUGUUGUUCGGUUUUCUUUGAUGGAAAUGAUGAAGAAUUGGAAGCAAUUUUACGAAAAUUUCUCGCGAUUAAUUCCACUAGCUUUGUCACAGUCGAAAAUCAUUCGAAAGACAAGAAGAAAAAACGAUUCACGCAAGCAGGUAGGUUAAUUUUAAUUUGCGUAGUCAGUUUAGUGCUAUGUUCUUGAUUCUGUUUUACAACACAAGAAUGUGAUUUUUACACUGUAGCCAAGGUCGCUACGGUGAAAAGUAUGCUCUGGGGAUAUGUAAAUUUUGUCUGCCUCUGUUACAGCAAUGCAAAAAUACUUUUUCAACCGUACUGCGUACCCGUUAUUCGUUGUCGAUAUCUUAAACUCUCUAUUAUUGCAAGCAAGGAGGGAGUGUAGAAAAGCAAGAGAUAGAUAUAUACGUUUAAAUUCAACACCUAUCUACUGUUCGUAUAAUCACAUAUGAAACACAACACUAUUUUACGCUGUGCUUUCCUCUUGCCUUCAGGAUGGAAGAGGAGGGUAUCGCCCAAAGCCAGUGGGACCCCACGAUUAUGCAAAGAAACAACGUGUUAGACUGCAGAACAGUCGCAAACUCGAGUGUCCUGCCACCUUGCAAAUUCGCUGCAUUGAGAUUUUUGAGGAAUAUGUUCUGGACAAAGACAAAUGCAAAUCCAGUAACAGCAUAGAAACAGCCAAACAAGCCAUUCUAAAAAAAACUGAAUGAAGCCCUUGUUGGGGAGAAUGCGUCGGAGAUCCGUAGGUCCACGCGAUUUUACCUUAAAAUACCGCUCAGUUGUGCGCACCAGAGACAUCCGGUUGGCGCAGCGUCAACAAUUGGUCAAUACGUCGAUUCUCACGUUGUGAAAAAGAUCUACGAUUUGGUAGAACAAAAUAUUAGCAACGUCACCGAAGUGAAACGAUGGCUCGAUCAUUUUGUCGAAAACGAACUAUUUCGCGAUGUUCCAAAAACCCAGCUUCCAAGAAAGACCAACCGACGAUACUAUCCAUCACGGCAAGAUCUUCGAAACCACAUUGGUAGGGCAAUUUCCGCUUUCAAAUACUGUGACGACGACCAGGAAUCACUGGCAAGAAAAAUCGAAGAGUGGAAAGCGAAGGAUCCUACGUCGAAUUUUUUUUACAGGAUGACAGACGAAACAACGGAGAGGAACAACGACAGAAAACGCAGGCCUGGAGAGAAAACCUUUCUGUUUGUUCAUCAAGAGUCAUGGCAGCGGCGCUUGUUGAAAAG